AUGAAUGCCGACCCGACCCCAUCAAAACGAGUGCCUAGACGGAGAUUUGUCGGGAAAAAGACCGAAGGCGAGGCCUCUGAAACCUCGCUUGUGAAGAGACCCACCAAUAGACACGUCGGGCGCGUGAUGCACCAGGUUCCACAAGAUAUCCUCGAUGACCCCGAAUUGAACGAGGCGGUCAAGCUCUUACCAUCCAACUACAACUUUGAAAUCCAUAAAACCAUCUGGAAUAUCCGCAAGCAGGAGGCCAAGCGUGUGGCGUUGCAGAUGCCGGAGGGGCUCCUCAUCUACUCGUUGAUCAUCUCCGACAUUAUUGAGCAGUUCUGCAACUGCGAAACUAUCGUCAUGGGCGACGUUAGUUACGGGGCAUGCUGUAUUGAUGAUUACACGGCGCGUGCCUUGGACUGCGACUUUAUUGUGCACUAUGCGCAUUCGUGCCUCGUGCCGAUCGACGUGACAUUGAUCAAAGUGCUCUACGUGUUUGUGACAAUUAACAUCGACGAACAGCACCUCAUUGCGACCAUCAGGAGAAACUUUGCGGCGGGUUCGAAGCUCGCGGUGUUUGGGACUAUUCAGUUCAACCCCACCAUCCACUCCAUUAAGCACAAGUUGGAGGCCGACGAGGACGGAAAGGGCGUCAUCUACGUCAUUCCGCCCCAGGUGAUGCCGCUCUCCAAGGGUGAGGUCUUGGGCUGCACAUCCGCCCGCUUGGAAAAGGACCAGUACGACAGCAUGGUGUACGUGGGUGACGGGCGCUUCCACUUGGAGAGCGCCAUGAUCCACAACCCAGAUAUCCCGGCUUACAGGUACGACCCCUACUCCAGAAAGUUCACUCGGGAGAGAUACGACCAAAAACAGUUGGUGGAGAUCAGAGAGGACGCCGUUUCGGUCGCUGCGCGUGCACAGAAGAUUGGGUUAAUCUUGGGGGCUCUCGGGAGACAGGGUUCGUCCGCUACGUUGGACAAUUUGGAGCAGAAGUUGAAGGCCAAGGGAGUGGUUCCGGUCCGAAUCAUCUUGAGCGAGAUCUUUCCCCACAAGUUGGCCAUGUUUGACGACAUUGACGCGUUUGUACAGGUGGCAUGUCCGCGUUUAUCCAUCGAUUGGGGCUACGCGUUUAAUAAGCCGUUGUUGACGCCGUACGAGGCAAUGGUGAUGUUGGAUAAUGACAAAAAGUGGGACGAGGGGUACUACCCGAUGGACUACUACUCCAAGGACGGGUACGGUAGAGGCAAGGUCCCGAACCACGACGAUGUGAAAUAG